AUGGCAGAUUUCAAUCGCACGCCUGCUGGCUCUUCAACUUUCAUCCUAAUGGGUUUUCCAGGCCUGGAAGCUGCCCACGUCUGGAUUUCCAUCCCUUUCUCUCUGUGCUACGUCAUCGGCCUGCUGGGGAACGUCACAGUUGUGCUUGUGGUAGGCAAGGAGCAGGCCCUGCACAAGCCCAUGUACCUACUGCUCUGCAUGCUGGCACUCACCGACAUCGGCAUGUCCACCUCCGUCAUGCCUAGAGCACUGUGUCUAUUUUGGUUCAAUGUGAAGGGCGUGACUGUGGAAGGCUGCCUCACCCAGACAUUCUUCAUUCACACAUUUGCAGUUAUGCAGUCAGCUGUCCUGGUGACGAUGGCCUUCGAUCGCUACGUGGCCAUCUGCAACCCUCUGAGAUACACCACCAUCCUCAGCAAUGCCCGGGUAGCUACGCUAGGGCUGGUGGGUUUGAUAAGAGCCAUCCUCUUCAUUCUGCCCAUGCCCCUGCUCCUGAGCAGGCUGCCAUUCUGUGCCAGCCAUGUCAUCCCCCACACGUACUGCGAGCACAUGGCUGUGGUGAAGCUGUCGUGUGGGGACACCACAGUCAACCGCAUGUAUGGUCUGGUGAUCGCAUUUGUAGUCACCGGGCUCGACCUGACCCUCAUCCUCCUGUCCUAUGGGCUGAUCAUCUGGGCCAUCCUCAGAACUUCUUCCAAGAAAGGCCACCAGAGAGCUCUCAGCACCUGCACGGCCCACCUCUGUGUGAUGCUGACGUCCUAUACUCCUAGCCUCUUCUCUUACCUAACCCAUCGGUUCGGCCAGGGCAUCCCUCCCCAUGUUCACAUCUUCUCAGCCAACCUCUAUCUCCUUGUUCCUCCCAUGCUCAACCCCAUCAUUUAUGGGGUCAAAACCAAAGAGCUUCGUGACAAAGUGGGCAAAUACACCUGUAGAGUUUGUUCUUGUGGGGUCACUGGCAUUCACCGUGUGUGA